AAAGUCUCAGAGGGAGAUUGCAGGAGAAAAGGGAAGGAGAGCGAUAGAGAGGGCAGUGGGUGGAUAGUGAGGGGAGAAAAGAAGAACAGACACACAUUGUGAGUCAAGAAAACCCUCUGGUUAUCAGUGGAGAAGACAGGCAGACAGGGAAAACCAUGUAGAUAGAGUACCUGUGCUCACAAACCGGUGCACUGCUGCACGGUCAUCCAUUUCAGUCCGAAAAUCGGAUGUGUGUAUGCCUGUAAGUGAGAGUAGAAGGGACGCAGGUGUGUGUCCUUUCAGCUCCUCUUUACCCAGCCGAGCCACUGAUGGACAAAGGAUGGCUUGUCCCCGGAGCAGAUUACUGUCCACACUGAACCCAUCUAGAACCAUCUAGAGAACCCCCCCCCCCCGCUCAUCCCAGCCAUGCCUGCUAUAGUCAACCUGCUCUUCAACACCGUGUCCACCAAGACCACCAUCCCCUUCACCGUGGUGCUGCCGCUAGUCAGCAUGCUCUCUCUGAUGGUGGCGGUCGGAGGUCACCUUCUCAUGUGGCUGGUGCUGAUGCGUAACCCACGCCGACGCUCCAAGCCCAGCUCUGUCCUGUUGCUCAACCUGAGUUUGGCAGACCUGGCGGCCCUCCUCACCUUGUCCAGCACUCUGCUCAGCGCCAGCUUCCAGGACUGGCAGCUAGGGGGCACCAUAUGCGUGCUCCUGGGGUUCACGACGUCCGUGAUGGCCGGUGUGGACAUCUUCAGCCUGGCAGCGUUGUCUGUGCUUCGGUAUCGCAUCGUGGCUCCACCUGCCAGGCGGCCCGCCACGCCCAAGCAAUUGGCUGGGGCACUGGCCUUGAUCUGGCUGGUAUCCAUCACCAUGGCCUUGCCCAAGGUCACCUACAUCCACUAUAAUGGAGGCUGCAGCUGGUCGAUAGGGCUGCGCCAACGGCUGGCCUUUGUCAUCCCUGCCUUCCUGGUCUACUACGUAGUGCCCUUAGUCUGCAUUGGACGAAACUGCAGCCACAUCAUAGCACACCUGUACAGUUGCCGUGGCACCCUGAUUGCAGACCGCCGCAACAAGAAAGCUACAGCACUCUUGGUUGGAUCCACUCUGGUCUUUGCCAUCAGUUGGCUGCCUUACUAUGUCUUAGAGUUUGUCAAUUUGGUGCCCUUUCAUGGCUCUACCUCACCUCCAACCCCAACCCCAACCCCAACUCCCUCCUAUCCAUUCCUCACAACCCCCUCCCCAACCCAUGAACCAGUGACGGAAGUCUCAAUACUUUGGGAGGUGGCCUCCCUGUGCGCUAUUCUGCUGGUGUGUUUUGCCCCUUGCUGGAACCCGCCUCUUUACUUCCUGUUCACCCGGACAGCUGUCCGUCAGCUCCGCACCCUGCUACCGUCCAGCUGCAAACGCUGGAGGGGCCCUGCUAUUGGCAGGCGUGUCGCUCCAGCCUCGCCUCCAUGCCUGCCGCGGUCCAGUCUACCACUGCCUCCCAUCCACAACCCCAUGCAUCACACCGUGACACAUGCCGGUGGCUGACAGCCAGAUAUCAACGCACACAGACACAGACAUAUGCACAUCUGCUUUACUUUGGCGAGGCAACAGGUAUACAUGUUUUUUGUUGCUGGUAUGGAGCAUCACAAUGGAAGCCAAGCUAAGAAGUAGAAAGUUCUGAUAUUUGUGUAAAAAAUGUCAAGCGUGAAAGU